AUGCUGGAGAGGCCACACGCACCUCUUUUAUAUACUUCGCAAUUUUACCUCCUCAACAAGAAGCCUGCAUUCGUUGGUGCAUCAGUUAUUGUUUCUUUGUGUUCAGUUAAAUCUCAUUUCAUGGCGUCAGCUUCUUCUAGCAAACCAGAGGUAAUCAAACCGUCAUGCGAUGUAUUUAUCAAUCAUCGAGGAGUUGACGUCAGGCACACUCUGGCCGCGUCCAUCUAUAAGGCACUUUGUAGACAAAAUUUCAGAGUUCUUUUGGACUCGGAGGAGCUGCAAGUGGGCAAUUUUAACACACUUGCUGUAAAAGAAGCGAUGCGCAGUGCUGCUAUUCACAUUGUCAUUUUUUCUUCAAACUAUGCCCAUUCAAGCUGGUGCCUGGACAAGCUGUUAUUUAUACUCAAAACUGACGCCACAAUCGUGCCUAUUUUCUAUCGUGUUAACCCUUCAGAUCUCCGUUGGGCUGGACAAGGGAAAGGAAAAUAUGCUCAUGCAUUCGCUCAGCAUGAAGAGAAGGCUACAUACGCAUCAGAGAAGAUCGAAAGCUGGAAAAUGGCGCUCCAGACGAUUUCAUUUAUUAAUGGUGAGAUUAUUCAUAAUCAAGACGAUGAGUUGAGAGCGACUAAGAAUAUCGUCAACGCAAUACUCAUGCUGAUGAAGGAGGAGCCAAAUGAUGCUGAUGCAGUUGGUCUGGAUGAAACUGUAAGAGACUUUGAAAAUUAUACAUCCCAAUGUCCAAAAAGCCACCAGAAUAUACAAAUUGUUGGAAUUGUGGGUGUGGGCGGAUGUGGUAAAACAACUUUGGCGAAUGAGUUGUAUAACAGAAAUGCCUCUUCCUUCGAUGGCUCCAGUUUUAUUUCUGAAGUGCGAAAUAUAUCCAAAAAUGAUUUGCCUAAUUUACAGAAGAAACUGUUAGAGGAUCUGUUUGGUGAUGUGGAAGGUCUUCCAAUUGAGAGUAUAAACGAAGGCGGUGAAAUUGUUGCACAAUAUCUGAGAUCACGACACGUACUCAUUGUUUUGGAUGACAUCGAUUAUGAGUACCAACUGGAGGCUCUCAUGGCUGGAAAGGAUAGCCUUGGACCAGGCAGCUUCAUUAUUAUUACAACAAGGGAUAAGGGCAUUCUUAAACGUUAUGACAAAUCCAUCAUAAUUUAUGAAAUGAAACCUAUGGAUCGGCGUCAUGCAGAACAACUUUUUUCUUGGUAUGCCUUCAACAAAUCCUUUCCAGUACCGGGGUUUGAAGAUUUGGUGGGAAAGUUCCUAAACGCUUGCAAUGGUCUACCUUUGACUCUCAAAGUGUUAGGGGGGCUUCUUCAUGGCCGGGAAAAGGAUUUCUGGGAAUCUCAAUCACACAAGGUCUCAAAGUUAUUGCCUGGAGACGUGCAGAAUAGGCUAAAACUAAGCUAUGAUGCAUUAGACGAUGAAAUCAAAGCUAUAUUUUUAGACAUAGCUUGUUUCUAUGUCGGCAAUGAUAAAGAUUUAACUCUCUCUGUAUGGGAGCAGUCAGGAUGGGAUGGCGAGCGCAGUCUAGAAAUGCUUGUAGAUAAGUCCCUUGUUGAGCUUGACAACUUCAACCGGAUAAAAAUGCACAUUCAACUUCGUGAUUUGGGUAGACAAAUAGCACUUCAGGAGAGUCCCCGCCGUUUAUUCUCUGACGCGCAAAAUAAACCGACACAGGUGAGCUUCAGAUUUUAUUUCAGUGUUCAAGAUUUGCUGACUGUCUUUGCUUUCAGCCAGCUUAGUAGCAGGUUUCCACAAGACUAUCCAGAUGAUGAAUUUGAUACAGUAUAUCAAAUAUGGAUCAUGGACAACGAAAAAAAUCCGGUGGCUCUCAGAACUAGAGGCGAUUACAUUAAAGCUGCGAAGAGUAAUCAGACAAGACUUUUGAAAUGGCUUGUGUGGUACGAUUGCCAACAGGCCAGCAUUCCUUCUGGGAUUUCGCUGGAAAAUUUAAGAAUUUUGCACCUUAGAAAUGGAUUCUUUAAUAAGUUAUGGCUUCAUGACGCAAAGCUGCCUAAGCUUUUGGAGGAGCUGAAUAUUUUAGGUAGCAUUGGGGAGUUUCCAGAAUCAAUAGGACAGCUUGAUCAUCUUAAAAAAAUUGUUGUUGAUGGUUGGCCAAACACCAGCUUGAAGGGUCUACCUGAGGAAUUCUGUCAGUUAAAGUCUUUGAAACAUCUUACCCUUAGAUGGUGUAUAACAUUGACAUCACUGCCCAGGCAUUUAGGCAAUCUGAGAGCCUUGCGGCAUUUAGACCUUGCCUUCUGCGGCAGAUUGAAGGAAUUGCCUAACUCCUUUGAACAAUUGGUCAAUCUAAGUCACUUAGAUUUCCAAGGUUGCGAGAGACUCGUGAUCUCACCACAUUUUUUGAGACAAAUCAGGGGUCUCGAGCACUUGAAUCUUAUGAAUUGUAGAAAUAUUAAAGUUUUGCCUGCUGAAGUUCCAUGUCAAGGGUUUCUAAGGACCCUAAAUUUGGUUGGCACAAGCUUGGAAAGGCUACCGAAUGAAGUAGGGAGAUUGGUUAACUUGGAAGUUCUGGAAAUAGGAAGCAGUUAUUUGACAGAUUUGCCGAUUUCUCUCGGGAACAUGACAAAUCUGCGAACGCUGAACCUGGAAGAUUGCAAAAAUCUUACAUGCUUACCAGACUGGUUAGGGCAGAUGACAAAUCUGCGAGCCCUGAACGUGAAAGAUUGCAAAAACCUUACACGUCUACCGGACUCCUUAUAUCUAAGAAGACUCCUUAUAUCUAAGAAAAAAUUUGUGUAUAAAAGCGCCACAGGCUCAAACAGAUACUCUUGA